AUGGAAUACAGCUUGUUUAUUGCGCUAGCGUGUCUAGCUCUGCCCUUAGUGUACGCUGCCCCAAAACCUAUUACCAUCUACACAUCGGAACCAAUAAAACUGGAACAGAUUCCGGAAAAGAAGGCCCCCGAGCCAGUGAAACCAAAACCGGUCGUAGAAACGAUACCGUUUUACACGACAGCCUUCUUCCACACAUUGACGACGGAGAAACCGGUGGAGAAGAAGGAGAAACAGGAGAUUCAGAGCUACUACAACAUGAACUCACUUCCUCCCUUAUAUGCGCUGUACGGACCAUAUUACGGCAUGCUUGCUAUGAGACCAGUGGCUGUAGUGCCGAAACCGUUACCGCCGUUUUAUUACAGAAUGAAGAUGUUCUAUCAGAUGCUCGGU